AUGUUACGUAUAUAUAGUGCGACCUCUUCCCUCGAGCACAAAUUCAGUACCUCGAUCACAACGACCGCUUUGCCCACAAUGAAGUUCACAACAUCUAUUGCUUUGGCUGCUGCUGCGUCUUCUGCUUCUGCGCACACCAUUUUUGUCUCACUCAACGAUGGAGCAGUUGGUGACGGUGUCAGAGUGCCUAGCUACGACGGGCCCAUUACAGAUGUAUCGUCCAACGACAUAGUUUGCAAUGGUGGACCCAACCCGACGACUAAGACCUCAACCGUUAUCAAUGUCCAAGCUGGAUCCACCGCAAAGCUCACAUGGCGCCAUACUCUGACCUCAGGCUCCAAUGACGUGAUUGACGCAAGCCAUAAAGGCCCCGUUAUGGCGUACAUGAAGAAAGUCAGUGAUGCAAAGACAGAUUCAGGCAUUGGGUCUGGAUGGUUCAAGAUUGCCUCUGACGGGCUCGACUCCUCUGGGAAAUGGGGCGUUGACCGCCUUAUCUCUAACAACGGCGUGCAAACAAUCACAAUUCCCAAAUGCAUUGCUCCAGGCCAAUACCUACUCCGUGGCGAGCUCAUUGCCUUGCAUAGCGCCUCCUCACCAAAUGGCGCUCAGUUUUAUAUGGAGUGUGCCCAGAUUAAUGUUCAGGGCGGAGAGGCUAGCAAGACGCCCUCAAGUGUCAGUCUACCUGGUGCCUACAAGGCAAGCGAUGCAGGCAUUCUGUAUAAUCUGUAUAAUGGACAGAAGACCUAUACAGCACCUGGGCCAGCAGUAUUUACUUGCUAG